CGUCGUCCGUCGCCGCAGUUCCGUUUUGGACAUUAUUUCUUAACCGUUUAAUGCACUUUAAUUGUGUCUUUGCAUUUGCAUUAGUUUGUGUUUUUCCGCUCCGUGUGCGUGUGUGUUUGUCCCGCCUCCUACCCCCAUGAAAACAAAGACGAAAUAUAAAAAAAACUUAUUUUAUCGCAUGAUUAACCAUUGCUCAGACAAAUGGCUGUAACAAAUGCAGAAAUGUAUUGUAAUUAUUAAUACCAUUGCGUAAAUAUGUUGCGCUUGCGUGUGGCCCCAAAAAUUCGAAUUGAGCGAAAGUAAAGAAGAAAGAGGAGAAGACGCGGAGAGUGCAGCACUCACGGACGCCAGCAGAGGAGGCAGCAGCAGCAGCAGCAGCAGUGGAAGUGCAAGUGCAUGUAGAAGCGGGACGGACGGGAUAGCCAAGCAACAAUAAAGCCUUGAAGCGACUGUCUGGAAUAUUACAAAAAUAGAAUAGGAAACAGCAAGUGGAGCUCAGACGAAAGGACAGCGCGCAAGCAGGCAACGCAAAUCCACACAAACACCACCACUCUCUCACUCUUCCACACACACACACACACACACAAAAUCACAGACAAAAUGGAGCUGCGUGUGGGCAACAAGUACCGUUUGGGCAGGAAGAUCGGAUCGGGAUCCUUCGGAGAUAUUUACCUGGGAACCACAAUCAACACUGGCGAGGAGGUGGCCAUCAAGCUGGAGUGUAUCCGCACAAAGCAUCCCCAACUGCACAUCGAAUCGAAGUUCUACAAGACAAUGCAGGGCGGGAUCGGCAUACCGCGGAUCAUCUGGUGCGGCAGCGAAGGGGACUACAAUGUCAUGGUGAUGGAGCUGCUGGGCCCCUCGCUGGAGGAUCUGUUCAACUUUUGCUCGCGCCGCUUCUCGCUGAAGACGGUGCUGCUACUGGCGGAUCAGAUGAUCUCGCGCAUCGACUAUAUCCACUCGCGCGACUUCAUCCACCGCGACAUCAAGCCGGACAACUUCCUCAUGGGUCUCGGCAAGAAGGGCAAUUUGGUGUACAUCAUCGACUUUGGCCUGGCCAAGAAGUUCCGCGACGCCCGCUCCCUGAAGCACAUCCCCUAUCGGGAAAACAAGAACCUGACGGGCACCGCCCGCUACGCCUCGAUCAACACACACCUGGGAAUCGAGCAGUCGCGCCGCGACGAUCUUGAAUCCCUGGGCUACGUCCUCAUGUACUUCAAUCUGGGCGCUUUGCCCUGGCAGGGCCUCAAGGCGGCCAACAAGCGCCAGAAGUACGAGCGCAUCUCAGAGAAGAAGCUCUCCACCUCGAUAGUGGUGCUCUGCAAGGGUUUCCCGAGCGAGUUCGUCAACUACUUGAACUUCUGCCGGCAGAUGCACUUUGACCAGCGCCCCGACUACUGCCACUUGCGCAAGCUCUUCCGCAACCUGUUCCACCGGCUGGGCUUCACCUACGAUUAUGUUUUCGACUGGAAUCUGCUCAAGUUUGGGGGACCUCGCAAUCCCCAGGCGAUCCAGCAGGCCAAGGAUGGCACCGAUGGCCAGGUGGGCCACGAUGCUGUCGCCGCGGCGGCAGCUGUGGCCGCGGCUGCCGCCGCCUCGUCGCACCAACAGCAGCACAAGGUGAACACGACGCUGGCCACAGCGGGCGGCAGCACGCAGCAGCUCCUCGGCACCAGCUCCCAGGGCGGACAGACUCUGGCAAUGCUGGGCGGCGGCGGAAAUGGAGGCAGCCAGCUGAUUGGCGGCAACGGAGGCCUCAACAUGGACGACUCGAUGGCGGCCACCAAUUCUUCGAGGCCGCCCUACGACACACCGGAGCGCCGUCCCUCGAUACGGAUGCGCCAGGGAGGCGGCGGUGGUGGUGGCGGUGUUGGCAGCAUCCAGAGCGGCGGUGUGGUGGGCGACGUGCGGAACGCUAAAUAAUAUUUUAUGGUCUAGAUGCAGCGCUGGACACACAGUAGACAAAAAACUCAGCAACUAUAGAAUACAUAGUUAUAUAUGCCCUAUAUAUACACCGACACACACACACACACACACCUACACUCCCACACCUACACCCCCACACAUGCUUUAUAUAUGCGGUACCAUGCAGGAGGACCUGGUCCCUGCCCCACAAUCACACACACACACACAUCGAGAGAGGAAUAGGGGAGAAAGCGUUGGUGGAGAUGAUAGGAGAGGAGCGGAGCGGAGCGAGCGCUUUUCUUGCAUUGUACAUUUUCGUUUUGUUGCGGCUUUGACAUGGACUUCCGCUCCCGGAGGAUCGAGAUAGGGCGUGGCAAAGCUUAUUAAAUAAUUAUCUAGAUUACGAUUAAUUUAAAUUAUAAUUUUAGUUGAUAAAACGAAUGCAACAAUUGGCUGCAAGACAGAGAGAAACGGCAACAUCUUCCACACACACACACUCAAGAGGAUCAGCAGAGCCCUGUAAAGGGGUGAGCGGCGGGAGAGACAGAAAGAGAGAGAGAGAGCAGGAGCAAAGAGCUAGCAUUUACCUACAGUACUGUACGUGUACACUGUGCAACACAACACCACGACACUAAGCGAAAUACGCUUGAAAGAGAGUGCAUUUGUGCCCAAAACUUCCUCUUUGCUCAAUAUUUUUGUUAAUUUUUUUUCCUUUUUUUUUAACGUAGUCCCCGCCCCCGAUCCCCCACUGAACACUGAAAACAGAACCCUGAAAAAACCAUCAAGCAAACGCUGAUUUAUAUUCAAUGAUGAAUAUAUAGAAACGAUAGCAUUAGUGUGCAGCCCGAUCACUGAAACAAGAUUUGAAUGUAAGUGUAAUAUUUGUGUAAAAGAAACAAAGGACACUCCACUCGUCGGGGUGUCCCUAACCUUAGUCUAGAGAUCUAGCGAUAGUGAAACCCGAUGCAAGCAACCCCAACAAACCCUAGGUUAAGCGCUCCCCCAGUUACAGAUAAUUUUAUCGAGGCACUGUCAUGUCGAAGAUGAGCCCACAUUACGAUAUAUCCGAUGAGAGGGUUCUUUAGCUUUAAGCAUCACUCUGAUUUGUAAUGCCCCCCCCAGCCCCCAGCCCCC